UAUAUUCCCUGUUUUUUUUCCUUUUUGCUAUUUCUCAUUUGAUUAUUUCUCACAUUUUUUAUGCAAUCUAGUCUACAUUCUGAUAAAUUUGGGUUGGAUCUAAUCUCAUCAUGUACUUUUAAAAUCAACUCCUAGUUCUAUCUUUUUGCUACCAUUCUUUUUCAAUUUUGUGCAAGACUGAAGCCAUAGAUCCUUUUAAGCAAUUAUUGAUCUCUUAAGGUGAGAUUCCUUUUGUUUUACUUGGAUUUGAUGCACUUGAGCCGAGAGUUUUUGGAAAACAGUCUCUCUACCUCCACGAAAUAGUGGUAAGAUCUGCAUAUACUCUAUUCUUCCCACAUCCUACUAGAUUGUUGUUUUGUUAUUUCUAAUUUGAUUGUUUGUCGCAAUUUUCAUGUCUUAUUUUACUAUAGUAAUGGAAUAUAUAUACUCGUAUUCGUAAGAUUCCUUUUCCUUUACUUAGAUUUAAUGCACUUGAGUUGAGGGUCUUUUGGAAACCGUCUUUCUACCUCCACGAAGUAGUGAUAAGAUAUGCAUAUACUCUACUCUGGCUAUGUUAUUGUUUUGUUAUUUCUAAUUUGAUUGCUUGUCGCAAUUUUCAUGCCUUGUUUUACUAUAGUAAUGGAACAUAUAUACUCGUAUUUGUAAGAUUCCAUUUUCUUUAUUUAAAUUUGAUGCACUUGAGUUGGGAGUCUUUUGGAAAUAAUGUCUCUACCUACACGAAGUAGUGGUAAGAUCUGCGUACACUCUGCUCUGGUAUGUUGUGGUUUUGUUAUUUCUAAUUUAAUUGUUUGUCACAAUUUUCAUGUCUUGUUUUACUAUAGUAAUGGAACAUAUAUACUCAUAUUCAUAAAACUUUAGAUGUGGCAUUGUUAAUCAUUAGAGUAUAUUUUUGUUAAUGUAGAUUUUGUUUCCAACAAUCGUUAAAGAGGUCAAGCUAAUUAUAUGGAGAAUACUGAAGAGUCUUGCAUCGAACCUUAUUAUCCACCAAUUGACGAAGAACUAGUGGGGUUUGAUGAUGAUGCAGAAAAUAUAACCAAGUAUUUGAUAAGAGGAAGAAUGGACCUGGACAUUGUCUCGAUUGUUGGAAUGGCUGGUUUAGGGAAAACAGCUCUGGCUAGAAAGAUAUACAAUAGUCGUUCUAUUAUUGAUCAUUUUGAUGUUCGAGCUUGGUGUUCUGUUUCACAAACAUAUAAUAUGAGAGAGUUGUUGCUUCAGAUUCUAAAACAAAUUACAGAUAACAUAUGGGAAGUCCAUGGAUUGGCUUAUUUUCGAGCAUGUUUCCCUGAUCGUCAUACUGGAAGUAGAAUAAUGGUAACAACUAGAAAUGAAGAGGUGGCUAGCUAUGUUAAGGGGUAUAGUGAUCCUUAUUCACUUCCAUUUCUAAAAGAUGAAAAGAGUUGGGAACUAUUGCAGAAGAAAGUAUUUCAACGAGGGAACUCGUGUCCUUUGGAGCUAGUUAAUGUAGGACAACUAGUUGCCAAAAAAUGUAAAGGAUUACCUUCUUUGAUUAUCAUGAUUGCUGAAAUUCUUUCAGAAGAAAGAGAAGCGUCUUCGUGGCUUAAGGUUGCAUAUGAUAUAAGUUCUCAUGUUUCCGACAAGGAGAUGAUCAUGAAGACGAUACAAUCAAGUUAUGAUUAUUUACCAGACCAUUUAAAGCCUUGCCUUCUCUACAUGGGAUUGUUUCCUAAAGAUUACGAAAUUCCAGUAUCUAAUCUACUCAAGUGGUGGAUAGCUGAGGAGUUUGUGCAGAGCAUUGACACGUUGAAGCUAGAAGAAUUAUCAGAGAUUUGCUUGUGUAAUCUUGUUGGAAGUAACCUCGUAGUGGUUUCUAAAACAAGGUCGAAUGGUAAAAUGAAAUGCUGCAUAGUUCUUGAUCAAGUCCGUGACUUUUGCUUGAGAAAAAUUACAGAAGAAAAGUUCAUGCAGCUCAUAGGUUAUCCAGAUCAACCCGAAGAACAAAGGUUAUGUAUGUACAUAGAAGACCGUACUAUGACAAGUGAUUUCAAGGAAAGUGAUCAGGAGUUCAUUGUUCAUCCGAAAUUCAGUAUAUUGGACCGUAAGAAUCCUUUCCGUUUGCUUAAUAACUUAAAACUUGUUCGGGUUCUACAUUUAUUGGAUAUCUACUUGGACAAUUCUUUUCCUACUGCAUUUCAGUCAUUGCCUCACUUGAGGUACCUUGCAAUUUUUGUUAAAGCAUUUGAUUGCAAAUGGGUGUCACACCUACUUCAUCUACAAACUUUGCGGGUUCGUUCAUCUUAUAUAAUGAUAUCCCCUGCUAUAUGGAAAAUUUCAAAGUUGAGGCAUGUGGACAUAAACGAAUUUCCUGUUACAAUAUGGGAAGAAGAUGAUAUUGUGUUAGAUAACUUGAAGACUCUUGGAAUGUGUUCUAUGUCCGUGGCUGACAUGACUCGAAAGUUUUGGGACAAGUUUGCAAAUCUUGAAGAACUCAGGCUCCACAUUAAUGAAUUUGCAGAUCAUAUUUCUGAUUAUUCAAGCUCUGCAUUGAUGAAUUUGGAUAUUAUUUUCCCCUCGCGUCUCAAGUGUUUGUCCCUCAGUGAAAUUUUCCUAACGGAUGAAUUAGUUUCAAGUAUUGCAGAAUUGCGAUACCUUGAGACUCUUAAAUUGUCCGAGAUAUACUUUGCAGGGGAAAAGCAUUGGGAUCUCAGUUACACGUUUGGUCAACUCGAGUUUUUGAAAUUACAUCGUGUUUUUAUGACCAAGUGGAGUUGCUCAGAGGAUUCAUUUCCUCGCCUUGAAUGUCUAGUUGUAAAAAAUUGUUCCAAGCUUGAAGAGAUCCCGGAUACCUUUAUGGACAGUGGAUUUUUGCGAUUGAUAAAAGUUAUUGAUUGUAGUGAUUCUGUUUGCAAUUCAGCUGUGAAGAUUAAAGAAGAAUUAGGAGAAUGUUAUGGGAUCUCGAUCCAAGUUGAUAUCUCGAAAAAAGACAAAUGAUGAUGAUGUGAUCUCCGAGCAGCAGAAUCAUUCAUUGGACUUGUGAACUUCUAGUCAGAGGAUACAUCAGAUGAAAGGUUUUGGUUUGUGGAAUAUAUCAAUGUCUAUCUAGUUUUGUGCUUUGUAACGCUACGUUCUGAUAUGUAUAGUCAGAGACAGAGCCAGAAUUUAAAGCUUAUUUAUUCUGAAUUUUUAUCACUGUGAUCUGAAUUAUUAAUUGUCAUGUUCACUGUUGUUAUUUGUUGAUGGAAACUAUAUGUGUGUAUUGUAUAUAUAUGAAAGUAUCUCCAGUAAUUUCUUAUCA